CUGCCUUCCCUUUCCCUUCACCCUCGCCCCGCCCCCCCGCACGUUACCAUUAAUUUCCUGACCCCCAAGCUCCUGGGGCCCUUCCUUUGCCUCUAUAACCUGUUCCUAAGCCCAUUUUUUCUACAAAUUACUUCUUCUACCUCUGUGAUUUUAUAAAUAAAUGUUCUCUUACAGUUGGAUUCUUGGCUCUGAAUUCUUUUCUAGCCAGAACUGAAGUACUGAGCUUGCUGAACCCAGGUCCCGUCUGACCUCACUGGUCUAACACCUUCUGCUGCCUACAACACUAGGAAACUUGGAAAUGAGUUGGCUGGAAUUCCUCCCUCCUCCAUUUUACAGAAGGGGAAGCUGAGGCCAGAAAGGAAAGGGGACUUGAUCAUCCUGAACACUGGUCUUGCUUUUGGUCCGAGUGGAGGUUGGAAAUGUCCAGCAAGUAACUGCUUCCUGAGACUCUUCACUCGGAAGAGUGUGCUCCCCAGGGAGGGUCUGCCUGGGUUUGAAGGAGGGCUUGUCCCUCUGAGGGCUGUGCUUCAAGGAUUUUCUGAAGUGAAACUGGAUUUUUUUUCAUGCCAGGGCAUGUCAGUAGCACAGAAUCCGGUGACUGCUCGAACGGUUUGGUCCCACCGCCGUGACUAGUGCUAAGGAAUGGUGCAAAAGCUGGACCAAAAGCUUCCAGUGGCCAAUGAGUACCUGUUGCUCUCUGGAGGAGUCCGGGAAGGCGUGGUGGACCUGGACUUAGAUGAGCUUAAUAUCUAUGCCCGGGGUACUGACUACGAUAUGGACUUUACCCUUCUGGUGCCAGCCCUUAAGCUGCAUGACCGUAAUCAGCCUGUGACACUCGAUAUGCGCCACUCAGCCUUGUGCCACUCUUGGCUGAGCCUCCGGCUCUUCGACGAGGGGACGAUCAGUAAAUGGAAAGACUGCUGCACCAUCGUGGAUCAUAUCAACGGUGCCACCAACUACUUCUUCUCCCCAACCAGAGUGGCCGACUGGUUCUAUGACUCCAUCAGCAUCGUCCUGUCGGAGAUCCAGAAGAAACCCCAGCGCGGGAUGCCAAAGGUGGAGAAGGUGGAAAAGAACGGGACCAUCAUCUCCAUCAUUCUGGGUGUGGGGAGCAGUCGCAUGUUGUACGACAUUGUCCCGGUGGUGUCCUUCAAAGGCUGGCCUGCGGUGGCCCAGAGCUGGCUCAUGGAGAACCACUUCUGGGAUGGGAAGAUCACGGAGGAAGAGGUCAUCAGUGGGUUUUACUUGGUGCCUGCUUGCUCCUACAAGGGGAAAAAGGACAACGAAUGGCGGCUGUCCUUUGCCAGGAGCGAGGUGCAGCUGAAGAAGUGCAUCUCCAGCAGCCUCAUGCAGGCCUACCAGGCGUGCAAAGCCAUCAUCAUUAAACUGCUGUCCCGGCCCAAGGCUAUCAGCCCCUAUCACCUGCGGAGCAUGAUGCUCUGGGCCUGCGACAGACUGCCCGCCAACUACUUGGCUCAAGAAGACUACGCAGCCCACUUUUUGCUGGGCCUCAUUGAUGACCUGCAGCACUGUCUGGUCAACAAGAUGUGCCCCAACUACUUCAUCCCUCAGUGCAACAUGCUGGAGCACCUGUCGGAGGAGACCGUGGUGCUCCAGGCGCGGAAGCUGUCGUCUGUGCGCUCAGACCCCGCGGAGCACCUGCGCACGGCCAUCGAGCACGUCAAGGCAGCCAACCGGCUGACGCUGGAGCUCCAGAGGCGAGGGAGCACCACCAGCAUCCCCUCCCCGCAGUCGGACGGAGGGGACCCCAACCAGCCCGACGACCGUUUGGCCAAAAAACUGCAGCAGCUGGUGACUGAGAACCCGGGGAAGUCCAUCUCUGUCUUUAUUAACCCCGAUGACGUCACAAGGCCCCAUUUCAGAAUUGAUGAUAAAUUUUUCUGAGCAUUUUGCUGCCUUUUCCCCCUCCUGGUUCUGAAACUCACAUCCUGUGUCAUGUGGUUUGUGCCGCUCCACUGUCUUUCCGUUUUUACACAUCCAGCCCCGAUUGGAUGUGAAGGACGCAGUUGAAGUCUCCUGUUUCUGCAGGACGGUGCAGGCUCUGAAACAGUAUAUUACUAUUUCUUAUUCUGCCUCUGGUUUUGUUUACUGUUUAUAGUUAUUGUCACAUAGUUUUUUGGUUUUUUUUUAAAGAAGAACUUGAGCCAUAGACGAAGAUGCCCAUGAAUUCUCUUGCUUUGUCCUGUUUCAUACUUUCUGCGAAUUUGUUAAUGGGAAUGGGGAUAUAGACCUCUUUCUGACACAUAAGGAUUCUAUUAUUUUUUGUUUUGGUUUAUUUGUCUUUAUUUUUUUUAAUGAGCUGUCAUCACUACAGCUAUCUGAGAAUCUCCUGAACCUGGGAACUACCUGGUGUGCUAGGCGGAUCGAAUUCUUUUCACCAGUGGCCAGAGUAGUUUCCCCUUUCCACCAAACACUGUCGACUUCGAAACUGAUAAUGCUACAAUUCUGUUUUGGAGCAACUUCAUUGAAUGUAAUUGUCCUCAGAUCAGAACUUUGGAUGGUUUGGAGGGUGUGUUUGACAGCUUUCCAAACAGAAUUAAGGUUCCCAAAUGGUAGUUUUAGUGUGUGUAAUUAUUUGAAGCCUUAUUUAAACCUUAUUAAAGAACAUACCAUUAUAAUUGUUAUUUGCACUAAUGAAACCAUUGCCAUUGUCAGAGUUCCCAUGUGUGUGUUUCAGUAUAAAUUGACAUUCUCUGUUGAAAUGCUAUCUUUUUUGUUUUUAGCCCAUUUCUCUCAAUCAGUGGAGGGAUUCUUUACAUUUGUUUACUUCUUUAAUUGUGGGCUCCUGUUUUGCCCUCUCUGAUGGUCCUGGUUCCUGUCUUACUGAGAGAACUUUUUAAAGCUUUAUACCUGCUGAGUGACUUUACCUGAAGCUGGGAAAAUAUAUACUUGAUAGAAUAGGUGUCUUUGUAUGUAUUUCUUUUGGGGUUAUAAGGGUAAGCUUUUUUUGUAAAGUCUCUUUGCUUCUACUGAGAGUUUUGAGGAAAACUGGCAGGAAGAAUUUACAAUCCCCAAAUAGAAGAUAUGCCUGUUCCAAAGCAGGUCGGCUAUAGAGCAGAAACCAGGAUGUCUCUGUGGGCAGCAGCCAUGGUGUAGAGCUAUCCCAUCUUCAUGAAUAAAAUUUCCUGCCAUGCGUAGGUGCCACAAAGCAUUGGCUCCGUUUUGGUACGGACUCACUGCCAGCUGUGGUGGUUGAGAGGUCAGGGGCCUGCUGAUCUCUCAAAGAAUGACCUCGAUGUCUACUAUUGGGAAAAUCAAGCAACAUUGUGGUUUUGAUCUUGAAUGUCCAGACUUACAGGUUCGAUUGAAAUCAGGCAUAUGUGGUGGUCCUGGGGUUUUGCAUGGGAAUUAAUGUAAUGUUUAUAAAUGAAAAUGAAAUCAUCCAACCAUCUUAAGUCAAACAUAAAAAUAAUCAUAAUAAAAGAAACAUACUGGCCUUG